UCCUGAUAGAAGUAUCUCCGGAAGCUUCUUUUUGAUCCCUAAACAGUUUCCUUUUUCUUGCUCCACAAGUCUGCAAUACAACCGCCUUCAAUCCCAACAACUCGAGCUUUGAAGAAGAGCGAAGAUAGUCAAAUUACAAUUCAAAGUUACCACGUUGAACGCGCCCGGAGUCAGAGAUGGCUGAAAAGCAAAGAAAUUCACGGAAGAGACGCAGUGGAUGUGAUUCAGUUGAGGAGACUCUUGCAAAGUGGAGGAAAUUGAAUGAUGAACUUGAUUCUGGAAAAGAUGGAGAAUUGGCGCAUAAGGUUCAAGCCAAGGGCUCGAAAAAGGGUUGCAUGCGAGGAAAAGGCGGCCCUGAGAACAAGAAUUACAAAUAUAGAGGUGUGAGACAGAGGACUUGGGGCAAGUGGGUUGCUGAAAUCCGUCAACCGCUUAACAAGUCUUGUGUACAAGUGAGAAGUGGGAGUCGACUUUGGCUCGGUACUUUUAGCACUGCUGUUGAAGCAGCUCAUGCUUAUGAUAAAGCCGCAAGGGCUAUGUAUGGUCCUUUAGCCCGCGUUAACUUCCCCGAGCAUGUUGUGGAAUCAAUGCCUCUGGAUACAUCUAAAAGCUCAUCAAAUCAUUUUGAAGCAUCUAAUACUGAGGCUCCUGAAGUUAAGGAAGCAAGGAUUAAUCCAUUGUCUUCUAUAAGCAUGCCUUUGGAUUAUUCUGAAGUUUCUGUUGAGGAAUUGAAGGAAAAACAAGACUGUUUUGAGGUUAGUGUGUCUGAUGAAUCAAUGCAGGAAACAAAGUCAAAUCCAGAUGUAGCCCACAAUUUGAAGGAGAAACCUGAUUGCUUUGAGGAUUAUUUUCCACACCAGUUUCAGAAGUCAGCAGUUGAUCACUUGCAAGGGAGCUCAAAUCAUAUGCAGGAGCCACACUUAGGUGUGGAAUACAGCUCGGAUAUCUCGAGUCCGGAGUGUUAUCUUGGCUUAUCGGAUCUGCUGUCAGAUUUAGAUGGGGGUGACAAUCUAGAUACAUUGAGCCUGGAUUACGAUUUCUGCUUAUCGGAAGAGAGUGAAUUUUUUCAAGCAUUGUUCCAUGAUUGAUGUUUGUCAUCCAGUUUGCUAUAUAAUUUUCUUGGAGGAUUUUACCAGCAGUCACUUCCAUCCACGUUCUCAACUAAAAUAUUGUUUUUUUGAUCCAAGCAUGUCUUUUGGAGUUGGAACACUCAUGUCUCCCUACUGGAAUUGAUCCAGUUGCAGAUAUGAAGCUUUGUCAACAAUUUUGCUCAUUUUUUGGGAGGACCAUGAUCCGCAGCAGCUUCCAUUCGUGUUCGACUAACAUAGAAUUUUGAUCUAGACUAGGUUUUUUGGAAAUGAAGGCAGUCAUGCCUCCUACUCAGAUCUCUUACAAACUAGUACAGUUGCUGAGUUUUUUUUUUUUCUAAAUUGUUGGCUUAGUUGCUCUCUGAUAUGUAUAUGCUUUUCCUCCUCUGUAUAAGCAGCCAGUGACAAAGAGUCUGAGCUUUGUCCAAAUUUGUUAAGUCUUUUUCUAUGAACAUUCUCAAUGAAGUACUGUUUUUUUUAA